AACUGCGUCGAACGGAAUAGUUGAUUGUGAUGACGAGAAUAUUGGCGGCACGUAUGUGUUUUGUCUGACUGGUGUUUGUGUGAUGCAAAAGUCCUAAACACUUUGCGCGCGCGCAAAAGAGAAAGAAAGAGAGAAAAGAUCCGCGUGAUGCCUCGCGACGAUGGUUUGAUGGUUCUGUGACACGGCGAGUUCUUCAGCGAGUCGACGACCACGAGCGCCCAUCAUGGCGGCCGCGGAACAUCAGACGAACGAUAGCAAAGAAAACUUUCCAUAUUUCACAGACUUUCCCGAACGGAUACGAUGCGGGUGGUUCAGAUCCAACGAUCCGGACACGGUUCUCACGUGCGAACCGCUGCCCAACGUAGAUGUCUAUUUGUAUGGUAGUGCUAAUUGCAGGAUCGUUGGUAAGAAAGGCAACUACGAGUGGACUUUUUUGAUCUUUACGAAAGGUGGUCAAGAAUUACAGAAUGUGGCCUUGAUAUCCGACGAUCAUCGAGCCAAUUUCUUCCUGAAGUCAGUGCAAAAGAAGGAUGGUGUAAAAAUUGGAGUGACGAAUGGGCAGGAGUGGUGGCAUGGUCCCUACCUGGGUGAUUCUCAAGAAGAUAAGAGACAAUAUCUGGUGAUUGUUGGUUUCACUGCAAAAAAACACAGCACAUAUCGGCAAGACCUAGUCUUUGGCUUCCUGAGUGCGCCAGUAUACCUCCAGAGAAUCUGUGCGGACUACUUGCUUAUCAAAGACUACGAACGGAUACAAAGAGCAACAAAUUAUCAGCAGUCGCAAAUAUCGUUGAGAUGGAAGAACCCCUACGAAUUCUAUUCACCCUUCAUGCCGCACGCCAAUCCACGAGAGACCAAACUAUCGCGGAUCUACCCAUGUCCAGACAGACAGAACUUUGUCCUCACUCAGAAUACGUUGUCAGACAAUCGGUUAACGCCAAAGAACUACCGGGGUCGCAUGCACGAGUUGAUCACCCUCGAAGAGGUCGCACGACACGAGCAGAUUUCAAGAUACAACCAGCUCUCAUGGUUACGUCUCAUGUCGCAUUACGUACUGUUCAACAGCGAUGCCUCCACCAUCGUUAAAUACACGCCGCCGGGUGAGCUCUUCGCUCAGAUCCCACUCAGUCGGGACAUCUUGGAGGAUACGCAGAGUGGCAGACUCCUACAGCGCAGUUGUAAUAGCGUUCUACUCAAAUUAUGGGGCAAGGAAACAAAGUUUAACGUCUUCGAAGCUCACAUCGAAGAUAAAAACUCGCACUCCAUACAUGUGAGACUAAGCAAAGAAUGUGUGGCUUGUUGGGACUUGAAGGAGCACAACGAACUCGAGGUCGAAGUACAAUUCGUGUUGAAUCGUUUGAACUUCUGUGAAUGGCACUUGGCAGUAGAUAGUCUCGGGGAUAUGAACCUGGUGUUUCUAAUGGAUGAACAGCACAAGACUGACAAAGAGAUUGUCUAUGACUUUCUACAGGUUGACUCCGGUAAUCUUAGUAUCCUCUCUAAUCUAUUAUUGGACUCGCCGCUCAAUCAUGAACAGAAACAAGCAGUCACUGUAAUAACAUUGUCGAUUAAGACUUCACCACCAGUCCUUUUGUUGGGACCAUUCGGCACGGGAAAGACAUUCACCAUAGCGCACAUGCUGCGUAUGCUUGUACAAAAUACGAACAACCGAAUACUUUUGUGUACGCAUAGCAACAGCGCCGCCGAUCUUUACAUUAAGGAAUUCUUCCAUAUUUGGUACAAUAAGGAUAAAGACAUAAGACUUAAGCCCGUUAGGAUAUAUUACAAACUGCGUUCUUUGAAUACGGUACAUCCGACGGUGCAGAAGUACUGCUUAAUGGAUGAACACGGUCGUUUCCGCGAUCCAGUUGCAGCAGAUCUUCAAAAGUGUGGUCUAAUAGUUACAACAUUGGCAACAUCCAGCUGCCUGAUGAGCCUUAAAUUGUCGCCAACUCACAUAGUUAUCGACGAAGCGGCUCAGGCUAUGGAAUGCGAGGCAUUGAUAGCUCUGACUUUGGCGAACCGAGAAACUCGCUUGCUUCUGGCAGGUGAUCAAAUGCAACUCGCACCAGAAAUCUACAGCAUACUAGCGAACGAGCGAGGAUUGGGCAUUAGUCUUCUGGAGAGAAUGUACGCGUACUAUCCGCCGGAACAUCCAUGUCGGAUACAUUUAUGUCAGAAUUAUCGCGCACACGCGGAUAUAAUCAAGUACACAUCUGAAACGUUUUAUGACGGGAUGGUUAAACCUGCUAACAUGAAACUAUUGAAGCACCCAGUCCUUAAACCAUUGAUAUUUUAUGCUGUUAACGGCGCGGAAGAACAGGCUAGAUGUUCUACGGGAUAUCACCAUGCCACGGAAGCAGAAGAACUAGCGAAUCGUGUACUGGAAUUGAGAAGAGCAUGGCCGACGCAACAAUGGGGUCCAUAUAACGACGGCUCUAUUGGAGUCUUGUCGUAUUAUCCUGAACAAGUACAACGAUUGCGAAUCGAAUUGCGCAAGCGUUUACUUUUCGACGUGUCUGUCGAGAGGGUGUUAAACGUCCAAGGCAAACAAUUCACCGCAGUUUUUAUCAGUACAGUCCGGACAAGGAUAUCUGACAGAUCGUCCGCCGAGGUAAAAAUCAAGGACUACGGCUUUUUAACUGAUCCACGCUUAUUAAACACUGCGUUGACCAGAGCGAAAUGUUUUGUAGCAGUGGUAGGCGAUCCAGUCGCUUUGCUUACUAUAGGUUGCUGCAAAGAUCUUUGGAAAAAAUAUCUAGAAAUGGCCGAUUUGUAUGGGAUGGAUCGAAAAGAAUUGCAGUCGCAUCUGAAUCAAGUUUCGAAAAUCCAAAUAUCGCCUUUGAAUCCGCAUGCAAGGGAAUUUUUCCCCAGAGCACCGCCCUUGUGCUUCGUGCAGUAUAUUCAAGUACCGGUUUGGUAUCCAUUAAUUUACCCUCCACAACAGCCAAUGUGAUGAAGCAUAAUGCAAA